AUGUCGAGCAACACCAAAGCCGGGAAGAAGGGCGGGCGCUCUGCCAUCGCCGAUGUCGUGACGCGAGAGUACACGAUUAACCUGCACAAGAGAGUGCACGGUGUCACCUUCAAGAAGCGCGCUCCUCGUGCCAUCAAGGCGAUCCGCGACUUCACCGAGAAGGCCAUGGGCACCAAGGACGUCCGCCUCGACCCGCAGCUGAACAAGAAGGUCUGGGAAUCCGGCAUCAAGGGUGUCCCGCGCCGCAUCCGCGUCCGCAUCUCCCGCAAGCGCAACGACGAGGAAGGAGCCAAGGAGAAGCUGUACUCGUACGUCCAGGCCGUCAACGUCAAGAACCCCAAGGGCCUGUCCACCACCGUUGUCGAGGAGUAA